UUCGUCUGUUGAAGUAUCAAACUCACGAGAGCUUGUAGUUUGGACGGUUUUGUAGACGUGAAGAAAUCGAAAACUCGCGAAUCUCGCCACAACCGGACGCAAAUUUCGAGUAUAAGAUUAUAUUUCGCCUCCACUCCAUAGGAAAUCAUGGGGUCGUCCAAGAAGCACAAGGAAAAGAGCCGCGACAAGGACGCAGAAGAUCGCCGUCGCGAACAUAAGAAACAUCGCCACAAGGACAGAGACGCUUCAGAUCGGGAUGGGACCCGGGAUAAGGAUAAACGAAAACGCUCCAGGUCCAGGGAAAGAAGCAGGCGGGAGAGCCGCGGCAAAGGGGAGAGGAGCACCGGAGAGCCACGAGUGAAGAAAGAGAAGGUAGAUCUUGGAUAUGAGGAAAGCAAUACAGAAGUGGGGCCCCAGUCUGCAAGUGGGGACGCGUCUCUCAGCAUUGAGGACACAAACAAACUCAGGGCCAAGCUGGGUCUGAAGCCUCUGGAGUUGAAUGAGAACAAGAAGGAGCUUGGGACCAAAGAGGAACCAAUGGUUGCCGAAACCAUCAACCCUGUUCUCAUCCAGCAGCAGAAGGAGAUGAGAGAGAAGCUGGCAGCUAUGAAAGAAAAACGCAUCCUCAACCAGAAACUGGGAAAAGUCAAAACCCUGGCAGAGGAUGACUGGCUGGAUGACACAGCUGCUUGGGUAGAGAGAAGCAGAACGCUGGCAAAAGAAAAAGAAAUGGCAGAGAAAAGAGCCAAACUUCUGGAAGAGAUGGAUGAAGAGUUUGGUGUCAGCAGUCUGGUGGAGGAGGAAUUUGCCCAAAACAAACAGGACGCAUACACAUCCCAAGAUCUUAAGGGACUCAAAGUGCAGCACAAGGUGGAUUCCUUCAAUGAGGGCCAGACUGUCAUCCUGACCCUACAAGACAAAGGUGUGCUUGAAGAGGAGGAAGAUGUGCUUGUAAACGUGGGACUGGUGGACAAAGAAAAAGCAGAAAAGAAUGUGGAGUUAAAAAAGAAAAAGCCUGAUUACAAGCCCUAUGAAGAAGAAGAGACUGUGGAUGACAUGGUCACGUUUAAAUCCCGCUCUGUGCUGUCAAAGUAUGAUGAGGAAAUUGAAGGUGAAAAGAAAAAGAGCUUCCGGUUGAGCACAGGGGGCUUUGCUGAUGGGGAGCGAGAGCGGGAGCUGCAGGCCAUGAGAGAAAUGCUGCGAAACCAGGCACAGUCCUUGGAAAUGCCAGCCCUCACUAUCGCCUCAGAGUAUUACACACCGCAGGAAAUGGUGGGCUUUAAAAAGACAAAACGUCGUGUGAAGAAGAUCAGGAAGAAGGAGAAGCAGACAGUUGCUGAUGAACUUGCACUGGAUGACACUCGCAACACUGAUUUUGGCUCCAGGACACGUGGCCGAGGCCGCAAAACAGUGGAGGAAGAGGGUGCAGAAGUAAAGGAGGAGGAGGUAAGAUUGCCAGAUGAGACACCUGCAAUGUCUGAUGACAUCAGGACGGCAGAAAUGGACAUAAGCGAUGAAGAAGACUUUACACCUCCUGAACCAGCUGUAAUUGAGGAGGAUGAGGCAGAGCAAGAGCUGCAGAAGCAACUGGAGAAACAGAGGAAGCUGAAGCAAAAGCAGCUUCUCAAGGACUCUGGGGAGAAGGUGGCAGAACAGAUCAAAGUGCUCGGUAAAGGUGACAAUGACAGUGAUGCAGACAAGAGGAACAACAUUGUUUUCAAUGCCACAUCAGAGUUUUGCAGAACCCUGGGUGAUAUUCCAACUUAUGGACUGUCAGGCAACAGGGAGGACCAAGAAGAUAUCAUGGACUUUGAACAGGAAGAAGAGAAAGAUGAUGCUGGGGAUUCAGACUCCGAAAUGGAUGAGAAUGUUGGCUGGAGCACGGUUAACCUGGACGAAGAGCAAAAACAACCAGAUUUCUCCACAGCCUCUGCCACCAUUUUGGACGAGGAGCCUAUUGUCAACUCCGGCCUCGCUGCUGCCUUGCUGCUGUGCAAAAAUAAAGGUCUGUUGGACACUCAAAUGCAAAAGGUUGCUCGUGUCAAAGCACCAAAGGGCGCCCUUCCCAACGACAACUACUGCAUCGAGGACAAGAUGGGCUUCGAUGACAAGUACAGUCGCAGAGAAGAAUACAGAGGCUUCACGCAGGAGUUCAAGGAGAAGGACGCCUACAAGCCUGAUGUCAAGAUUGAGUACGUAGAUGAGUCUGGGCGGAAACUCACUCCAAAAGAAGCUUUCAGGCAGCUGUCACAUCGAUUCCACGGCAAAGGGUCUGGAAAGAUGAAGACGGAGAGGAGGAUGAAAAAGCUGGAGGAAGAGGCUCUGCUGAAGAAGAUGAGCAGCAGUGAUACUCCUCUGGGGACAGUGGCUUUGCUUCAAGAGAAGCAGAAAUCUCAGAAAACACCAUACAUUGUGCUUAGUGGGAGUGGGAAAAGUAUGAAUGCAAACACCAUCACCAAAUAAAUACUGAGAGUGUAUAAGAAACAUACACAUGCAUAAAUGCACACACAUACACACACACACACCUUUUAAUUAAAGAAAUUGCUACACUUUAAUGUCAUAGUUAUUACUAGCUUCAUUGUUGUAUUACAGAAUUGUUCAAUAAAAUGAAACUGGUGAGAAAA